AUGAGGAGGGCGUGUCGGACCACCGGUAUCUUCUUGCACGAAAAAGGAUUGAUCAAUAAUUUCGUGGAAGCGGGAAAAAGGCUAAAUUUACUAUACACUGAAUUCCACGAUUGUCAAGAACUGGGACACAAACAAACCAUGGCUCCCCAAAAGAGAGUAGAUGAGGUUGUAAGUGAAGCAGAGAAAGUGAAAGCUUGGUUGGAGGAGAAGGAAAACCUGCAGAAAAAUACCCCUAUCUAUAGCCCACCAGUUUUCACAUCUGAAGAAGUUUAUGAGAAAGUUCUGGACUUGCAAGAUAAGGUCUCAAGUGUCAAUAGGAUUCCAAAACCAAAACCCAAGGUUGAGAAGAAAACAGCAAAGGAGGAAGAACCUGCUAGCAAGGAGAAAACCACCUCUUCGGAAUCUGCACCCAACGAGGGUGAAUACACCGAAACGUCUCAGGAAUCUAAGAGGAUCAGUCUGCAUCAGCCAACACUAGCGAUUCAGAACCUGAAUCUCAUGACGAGUUGUGAGUACUAG